AUGGAUCAGAUCCCACCUGGUAUCACAGUUUACAACCUGCCAACAUCUCCUCCUGUUUGGGACAGGUUGGGUAUCUUCUACAUUACAUGGGCCGCAUCAUGGACAACGCUGGUCCUCAGUGGCAUGGUCUUUUGCUGGAUCAACCGCAAGAGCCCUAUCCUCAAGAUCCGUGGCCUACCACUCUCAUUUGGUGCUAUUAUUCUCCUUCACUCUUACUGGAUUCUGGCUCAAAUUACCUAUCCCAUCGCGCAUACCAUGCCGCUUGUUUUGGCCUAUGAUAUUCAGUACUUUUUUAUGGGCAUCUACUUCCCCUUGGGCAUUGCCCUUUUCCACGCCUCAAACCUGAGGUUCCUCCACAUCGCCAAGCUUCAGAAGCAGUUCACCCACCCAGCUCUUCGCUUAAAGACGCAAGGAUGCAAUGGCGCCAGGACGUCAUGGCUGUGUCGCUUCAGGAACAUGGGAUACACGAAGCGCGUCAUGUCCUUUAUCAGCGUUGGCAUGGCUGUUCAGGUUUUCCUCACUUUGGCCUGCUGGUUCGCUGUCAAGAAAUACCACCCCACAUACGGCCUGCCUGGUACCGAGAUGAAGAGCACCACCCUGCCUGCGCAGGUGGCUGAGCUUGGCCGUGGUUGGGAGUGGUGGCCAUCUUUGGUUUGGCAGUUUAUCUGGACUUGGAUUAUUGCGCCUGUCCUCAUCUAUCGAGCCUGGGGUAUCCGUGAUACCCUUGGCUGGCGCGCCCAAACCAUUGGUUGCUGCCUUUCCAGUCUACAUGCCACGCCCAUGUUUCUUGUUGCAUCUUACGUUCCCGCUUUCGACAAGGUCAACAUGUAUUUCUCCCAGAGUCAGUGGAUCCAUUUGUCCAUCAUGAUGUUUGAGAUCUUCACUGUUUUCGUUCCCGCCGUGCAGGUGAUCCGUCUUUGGAUACUAAACAAAUGGGCCGCUGAUGCCAACGCCAAGUGGGAGACUGAGUCGCAAACCUCUACACUCCGAUCAUCGACCAGUGUCGAAUGGAAGUCCUCGGCCCUCAGCAUGGCUGAGAAGGGUAAGCCCAUGGACUUCACCGACAGUGAAAUGGGCGACCGUGUCAUUACGAUGAAGGCUUUGGAGCAUGUCUUGGCCGAGAACCCUGGCCCCCUUCAGGAGUUUUCCGCACUCAACGACUUUUCUGGCGAGAAUAUUGCCUUCCUCACGCGCACUGCUCGCUGGAAGGCAUCGUGGCCGACUAGCAAGCCAGGCGAAGAUCAGAAAAUCGAAGUCUACAAUGCCGCGCUUGAGAUUUAUGCCGACUUCAUCAGCCCACUGGACGCUGAGUUCCCCUUGAAUUUGCCAUCGGCAGACCUGAAGAACAUGGAAACCAUCUUUGAGAAGCCUGCUCGCAUUCUGCGGGGGGCUGCCAAAGUCAACCCUGCCACCCCCUUCGACUUUGAUGGUCCUCUACACCGUGGUCGCAGUGGCUCCGAGACGGAUGAUACCUCAGCCUAUGCACAGUAUACUGGCGAUAUUCCGGCUGAAUUUGACGAAGUCGUCUUUGACAAAGUCCAACACCAUAUCAAGUAUUUGGUUCUCACAAACACAUGGCCCAAGUUUGUUUCUGAGAUGCAGUCGCGCAGAAAGUCUGAAGAGACAAGCCGCAGUAUUUUCUCUGCAGCUUCCAAGACGACAGUUGCCAGUCGCGUCUCCAGUAAACUUUCCAGCAUCAUUUCCUCUAUUUUUUAA